CGUUUGGAUUGAGCUGGAAGCAACUGGUGCUUUUGCGGAUGCACUUCGGAAUUGUGUAUCGAAAACAAAAUACACAAAAACAUGACGUUGCUUCGUCGCUGUAACAAUUUAUCCGGGUUUUGCGUAUUGUUAUAACCCGUUAAUCCGCGGCCAGGAGAAGACUGGGAAAUAAAUUAAGGAGCUGCUGGACAUUGUGUCAGAGUGGCCAUAUGGAGUAGAUUGCAAUGCAUGCUUGCAAAUGCCUCUUUUCUACACGAAUACAUUCACUAUUGCAUGUCUUCACGGCUCAUGCUUAAACUUUCCUAGUGCAUCCCUUCCAUCCUGGUCUGACCAGGUCUCUUUCACCUUCGUACCAGUAACAUUACAUCACUAUGGACAGGAAUGAAGCUGACAGUAACCAUCAAUAUCUCUUCUUCAAAAAAGGAAUCCUGCAAUCAAGGAGUCAUCCACUUUCGGAAAAGAAGUCCAAGAACGUCUCGCCGUACUACAACAGACCUGAAAACAGGUCUAGAUGUGAGAGGGAAAAGGCUCUGGAGCUGCACUGGACUUGGUUAAAUCACCAACAUCUUGAAUAUGCUACCCUCAGGCAAGCUGGUGAGCUGCGGCAAAAGCUGGCUGAUGAGAUCACUGGCAUCAUAAGACCAGGCAAGACAACACAAGCAGGCAAUAAGCAGCCAGGAAUUGACUCAGGGUGUAAUGGCAAUGGGGCAACUUACCGUAAACUGGAGGAGCUUUUGAAGACGCUCAAUGGGGAGGCAGGCAAGGAGCAGGCCAGGCUUCUGCAGUGCCUCUGGGAGGAAGUGGAGCUGGAGAAGAGCUACUUCUUUUGCCACUUGCUAGAAGUACAUGGGCAUCCAUCUCUAGUAGUAGAAAAAAAGGGGGACAACGUUACAAAAGGGCCAGCCAAGUGGCGAUCGGUAAACUUAAGGAGCAAAGACAUGCCAGAGUCAUUCAAGGACAGAAAUCAAAACCUCACCCACUGCUACGCAGAUUCUCAGAAGUGUCCACCUAUAAGGAAGAGCAAGCAUGGUGUGGAAAGUUUAUCUGAAAAUGAGAAUGUAGAGAAAAGCCCACUGAGGUCUUCCCUAGGGCAUGGAAAGACCAGCAAAGGGGAUGUUUAUCAGACUUUACCUGAUGUGGAUUGGGAACUCCAGAGUUUUGGUGCAUCUCUGGAAAAGUUGUCAUCCACCAGAUGUUCAGAGGACAACAUGGACGACACGAACGGAGCAGAUUAUGACUAUCUAGUGCGGCAGAACUCAGAGCUCCUGAGAGCACUGGAGGAUUUGGAGAAGACCGUCUCCACACUCCGAGAGGAGAACAGCCUCCUGCGUAGGAGCAGUUGUCCCGAGACGGAGGACAAGGUGAAGAGGCUGAGGCGGAAAAAUGCCGAGCUGGCUGUCAUCGCUAAGCGUCUGGAAGAAAGGGCACACAAACUGCAGGAGGCCAAUCUUAAAGUGGUAAAUGCCCCAAUCCCCAUAAAGCCUGGCACAGUUGAGCAAUAUAAGAGAGCGUUUGCACGGCAGAGGGCACGAGACUUGGCACAGCACGCAGACACACUCCUUUCCAAAGACAAGGAGAUCGCCGCACUGCAGAACGAGUGUCGACAGCUAGAGGCCAGAAUAGGACAGGACAAACAGGGAGCUCAUGGUCCUUCAGGAGCAGUGGAGUUUGAGCGGCUGCUAAAGGAAUCUCAGAAAGAGGUGCUGCGUCUGCAGAGGCAGCUCUCCGUCAGCUCAGCUCAGGAUCAGAACUCUGGAGCUGGAGGAGCCGAGAAAGAGCGAGAACAAAAAGAAGCACCAGUCAUAUGUGAAACCCCACAGCCUGUAGUUAAUGAAGUUCAUGUUAAGGGGAAAGAACCUCAUGGAGAAGAGGAGGAGUCCAGAGCGCAAAUAACCACAGAGCAAGACAGAAGCUCACCCCGCCAGGAAGAAGACACACAAAAGCAUCGUAUAGACUUUCUGGAAAGUGAGUUAAGCAGGAAGAGAAAAGAAUGUGAGGGUCUCGAGCAUGAAGUAAGAAAGAGGCAGAAGAGAUGUCUCGAUUUGGAGAGCCAGCUUGAGGAUGAGCGCAGCAAAAAUGAGCGCUUAACAGAUGAAGCGGAACUCCUCAGGAGGAAGGCUCAGCUGCUUGAGCAGUCGCAGGUUGAGAAUGAAGAGCUGAAGCAGGAGCUCUCUGCAGUGAGCGCUCGGUAUAGUUCAGUUCUCGAGGAGAACCAGAGACUCCGUGCCAAGCUGGAGAACCUAGAGCAGGUCCUAAAGCAUAUGCGAGAGGUCGCUGAGCGCAGGCAGCAGCUGGAACUGGAACAUGAGCAGGCACUGGCUAUUCUCAAGUUCAAACAAGAUGAAAUCAAACGACUUCAGCGGGCUCAGUUAUUUGCAAAAAGGGAACAUGAAGGAGUUGUGCAAAUGCUGGAGGGCUUGAUCCAGUUUGUAAAGCUGAGAGAGCUGAACACAUUGGACUGCAUGCAGGCAAAGGUACGGGACCUGGAGCAGAAGUGCCGUAAUCAAAGCGAGCAGUUUGGCCUUCUGUCUCAGGAGCUGGACAAAUUCCGACAACAGGCCUCGAAGAUCGACUUGUCGGCUCCUGGACUGCUGUGCUCAGGCUUCACACAACUUCCCAACGGUCUCAGUCUGCCCACAGACACCGAUUUAUCCGCCGUGCUCCGGACCAGCUCGGCGCCGUGCUCAGGAGGUCCGUCUCAAGCCGAGCGCUCGCCCGGCACCAAACACCGCGAGCUCCCCAGCCUAAAUCCCAAAUCAGCCUCCACCUCCAGCACGUCUCCACCCAAAUCUGAAAACACACACCUGUCGCCGAAAUCUGCCAGAAACUCGCACAAAGCCAGCCCCACUCACGAGGUGGACACUGCCAGUGAGGUUGAGGAGCUGGACAUCGAUGUAUCCCCUGUUCCCUUCCCAGCGAGUCGAGGAGCUGCCAAACUCCAGGUUUUUAUUGCCCGUUACAGUUACAACCCUUAUGAUGGUCCAAACGAUAACCCAGAGGUGGAGCUGCCUCUCACAGCUGGGGAAUACAUCUACGUAUACGGAGACAUGGACGAUGACGGCUUCUAUGAAGGUGAACUGAUGGACGGCCGUCGAGGCCUGGUUCCAUCCAACUUUGUUGAGCGUGUCUCAGAUGAUGAGGCACAUGAAGCUGCUGACUUUUCCCACAAUUCCUUCCUGGAAGGCAGCUUUCAGAGCGCCUCGGAGAGACCACAUCAGCACCAACACCACAUGCGGUUAGGCCACAGCAUUACAGACAGGACAGAUGCCUCGGCUGCCGGUGACAUAAGCAAAGCUGGUACAGUGCCACUUGUGAAUGGCUUGGACAUGGAUCUGGACUUAGAGGAUGACACGGAAGCUUACAUUGUGCCACCUCCCCACAAGGUGACUCUCAUCAAACAGCUAGCUAAGAGCAUAGUGCUGGGCUGGGACGCCCCGCCAGGAGGAGCCAUAGUGCGGAGCUACAACGUAUACGUGGACCAGGAACUCCGUCUCAAUGUCCCCACAGGAAACCCGACCAAGGCUGUGCUAGAGCGGAUGGAUACGAGCCACAAGGCUCACCGUUUGGCUGUGCAGACUGUGAUGGAACACGGUACCUCUGACCCAUUGCGCUGCUGCAUGCUGGUGGGGAAAGACGUGUCUGCUGCACCCACUGAGCUGCGUGUAGAACGCAUCAUGGCCACUUCAGCCCGUCUUACCUGGCUGCCUAGCAACAGCAGUUACGCACAUGCAGUCUCUUUAAAUGGUAAGGUGCGCGAGGUGGUUCAGGCCGGCAAAUACUCACUGCGCCUUGGUGACCUUAUUCCUGGUGUGCAUUACCAUGUGGAGGUGGAGGCGCAGGUGCCGUCGGAGCGGAGGGAGCGCAAAUGUGCUGUCACCUCUUUCACCACGCUAAUCGCAGGUCCUCCUGAUGCUCCUCUGGAUGUGCAACUGGAACAGGGGCCAAGUCCAGGGAUCGCUCAGAUCAGCUGGCUCCCUGUCACUAUUGAUGCUGCCGGGACCUCCAACGGAGUCCGUGUCACAGGCUACACCAUUUAUGCUGACAAAAAGAAGAUGCUGGAAGUGUCGUCGCCCACAGCGGGUAGUGCUCUUAUUGGUCUUUCUCAGAUGGAAAUGCUUCAAGAGGCUCGUGAGCUUACCGUGCGCACCAUGUCUCCUCAUGGUGAGUCAGCCGACUCGACGCCUGUGAAUGUGCCUGCCAAGCUACCUGCCAUCAUGGCAGGUGCGUCCAUGCCUCCCUGCCAGCCAGUGCCAACCUACACCAGUGUCCUAACCGCCAGUGCCACCAACAAGGAGCCCAGUGUCCGUGCCGCCUCUUUGUCUGCUGCCAAAACGUCCACAAUACCAUUCAGCUCCAUGAUAAAUGCAAGCCCUUCUUCUCCCAUCAGGGAUAAUUAUGCCAACACACUCAAAGCUGCCACCAAUGAUGCCCCUCUGCCCACUGCCUCAUAUGUAGAAGCAUGGGCGAAUCCAGCUGUGGCUGCACAGGAGGCACGGCCACUUCCUGGAAUCAUUGCCAACCCGCAGGAAACUAUGCCUGCACCAAAAGUUGUGUCCAAUCCUGUGCCAGUCCUACUGCCCAUGCCCACAACCAAGGACCUUGUACCUCCAGCACAGCCCAAUGCAGUGCUUGCAACAACGCCAGAGCCUAGUAAAGAGACAGGGAACUCAGGUCCGCAACGUUCCGUUCCUUCUGUCUCUGAUUUCCUGGAUGCACCCUUGCCACACAAGUCAUCACCCACCCCCAGUGUACCCAGAGUCAUCGUCCCUGAAACAGAUCUCCUCGACAUGCCCGAUACACAUCCCCUGCGGCCGCCCAACUCCUCACCUGUAGAGUCGGAGCCGGAGGGGGACAGAGAGAACACUCGUUUGGUUUCCAUUGAAGAUUUCCUUCGACCUGACCCUGUUCCCAGAACAAAGGUAUAUGCAGGAGGUGUGAUGGACCCUCCUCCUGACUACCAUGUUGAGAGCAGCCGAUCAGACCUAUCCGAUAUCCUGGAAGAGGAGGAAGAAGAUCUGUACUCUGAGUCUAACACUGAUGUAUCACCCAAGAAGAACUCUGUACCUGAAGGCAGGACAGAGGGGUGGGAGGCAGACAGUGAUGAGGAAGUCUUGGAGAAGAUCCUGAAACUCCAUCCCCAGGUUUUUGCUAAUAAACAGCUGUUCAGUAUCCCUGAGGUGACUGAAGAAGAGGAUAAUAGUGAAUCAGAGCUCCAGGCUGUCUCCAUGCUGUCUAAAAGCAAAGGGUGCUUUCUGUGUCCGACUGCCUCUGGACAGUGUCAGCCAUGCCGUGACAAAGCCAAAGUAGCAUGGAACAGAGGGAGCACGCAGGUCCGGCCUCAACAUGGCCUGACUUACAUUGAUACAGUGGACACCAGCAACUACGAGGAAGAUGAAGAGACGGACCUUGAUUCAGAAAGCAGCCUGUACUUGGGUCCCAGCAGCAAGGACGUCACACCUCAACGGUCGCUUCGGGCACGCCAGGAACGAGACAGACUCCGUAGAGAAGCCCUACUUCGCAACCACAUGACCUCCCACAUUAACACUUCCGGGGAGAAAGCACAUGAGCCUUACAUGCUCAGCAGGACAGUUCGUCACGUCAAGACACCCGCCAUGGAGAUAGAUGUGGAAUACGGGACAGAUAAUGAUGAUGACUCCUCACAGUUUGACCCUGGAGAAGUCGUAGUGGAGCAGAUGAGCUCCGAGUGGUGGGUGGAGGGUGGAAACCAAGAUUACCACCACUCUUUAUCUCCACGACAAUGUAAACUGGAUUCAAUUAACAUCAUGGCAUCCGGUCACCACCAGUGGGAUGCUGAAGGUCUAGCGGACUCAGGAACGGCCUGGUGCUGCCCCAGAGACAACUCUCCUAAAUUAAAUCAAUUGGAGACCAGAUUGCCUAAAGAGCCAAGGCCAAGAGGUGACAGUGAAGUACGGAUUUUCGUUGCCCUCUUCCCAUACGAUCCUUCAACAAUGUCACCCAAUCGUGACGCAGCAGAAGAGGAGCUUCCCUUCAUGGAGGGACAGAUCAUUAAGGUCUAUGGUGAUAAGGACGCGGAUGGGUUUUACCGGGGAGAGUCGGCUGGCCGUCAUGGUUAUGUGCCCUGUAACAUGGUCUCUGAGAUUCAGGUGGAUGAUGAGGAGACCAGAGAUCAGCUGCUACAGCAGGGUUUCCUGUCCACCGAAUCAUCUAUAGAGAAGAUGGGCACACGCUCACUCGCUCAGCUUCCGCACCGUCCGGCUCCACCACCCAAACCUAGACGCUCCAAGAAAGUGGAAUCUGCUGGAGUUUUGGAGAACGUUUCCAUCACCGAGUUCUCCAACCAAGAUAAAGCGCAACACUCAGCCGCUGGCAUGGAAAACGCUGUACCUCGCAGGAUGGUUGCCGUUUUUGAUUACGACCCAAGAGAAAGCUCACCUAAUGCUGACAUCGAGGCUGAGCUGACUUUUAACGCCGGGGACAUCAUCUAUGUGUUUGGAGACAUGGAUGACGAUGGCUUCUUUUAUGGGGAUUUAAAUGGACAGAAAGGGUUGGUACCUUCCAACUUCCUUCAGGCUGUUCCAGAGAACAGAAAUGAGUCAGCAGAACCCGAACAAACUACAGCCAGCACCCGGAGAGACUCACAGGUGAGUCACGCUGCGUCUGUAGAGCAGACGGAACCCCUAACGGCAAGCCCCCCAGACGAGACCCGGUCUGAACCCGAUUCACACAAGAACCACCUUCUACACCAGCAGCCUGAACUCCAGCCGGGUCCCUCUCCAUUCUCAGGCAAUCCUGCUCCUCCUCCUGCUCCUCCUCCUGCCGUUCAUCCCCCAGAGGACCAUGCUGUCACUGAUGCCUCUCCACCUGGCAAAAAGAAAAAAGGCUUCUUCUCAAAAGGAAAGAAGCUUUUCAAGAAGCUGGGCUCCAGCAAGAAGGAAUAAAACCCGAAGACUGUUACGUUGACUAAUACGCUGAUUGCACUUUCUCCAUGUCGAUGUUAAGCUGUCUGCAUGCAUUUCGUGAUUUCAUUGGUAGAUUUAGUGUGUGACACAGGUGUCAUGCUCUGUGACCAUUUGAUGCUUAUUUUCCUUGUUUUGUCUCACUUUUCCACUAUGAUACUUUGCUACAAAGAGUAUAUCUUCUGACAUGUAAAAAAAAACAUUCACAUCUUCUUCAAAGUGAGAAAUACACAACAUAUCCUGAAAGCUCUGACUUAACAGUGGGUGACAUCAAAUUAGAAACAAAGUCUAAACCAAAAAAAGUUGCCUUUUAAGGUAAAAUAUUUGUUCAGGCUUUAACUGGACAGACCAGAGUUAUUAGGAUUCAAAAAUACAUGCACUAACUUAGAUAUGGCAUAAAUAAAUGUUUCCAAAUAGUCAUGAUUUACACACCAGGAAUAAUUGUGUAAAUUACUGUACAUCAUGUGUAAAGUGGAACACUAAAUGUCAGCUGUAAACGUUGCUAGUAUGCGCAUACGUAAAGUUCAACGGCAGCUAAAAAAAAAAAACAAUUAUAUGGUUAAAAAAAAAAAGUUCUAAGGACGCUUCCAUGAAUGACAUUCAAGUGUUAGUUUACGCAUAUAAACCGAGUCCCUGCGAUGACUUUUGCAAAUAUCAAAGACACCAUAUAAAUCGAUUUGCAUUGACUUUUCCUUGUAGUGCACUUGUACAUAAAAAUGCCACAACUUGCAUAAUCAUUAAACUCCAGACUCAGACGAGACAUGCUACUGAGCUUAUAUCUACAAUAACUGGCAAUCCGUCAUACUUCGAUAUGCCCGAAUGUCUAUCAGACCUUAUUUAUCGUUUCCUGAUACUGACCACAAGAAAAAUAUUUAUCUAAAAGACAUUAAAAGGUUGUCUGUGUCAUCUUCCAAGUCUGGAAAUCAAAACAGCUCAGAGUAGAAUGUCAGAGGAGUCAUCUUGUAAUUAUUGCCAUUCCAAUGCACUAUAAGACCGCAAAUAAUGACGUAAAAUGAUUUUUAUCAGUCCCUGAGUAAAAUCAUUAGAUCAGAUUAGAUCAGGUAGAUGUGUUCUUUUUUUUUUUUCGCUUUCAGCCUUUAAGCUUGUCUCAUUGCUGUACGUGUAUUAUAUGGCAAUAAGGUUAAAUCCAGUUACGUAUUAGGCAUGAAGUUAUGUAACAUUUUGUGUUUGUACUGGCACAUCACUCAGCUGCUGUGUGUACAGUGUGUAAGUUCCUUCAGCACCUAUGGACAAAUGUUGGUGCUGGAGGUUUCCUCUGGUUUCCAGUCUUUGCCUUGCUCAUAUGACUCAAGUAGCACCAAAAGGUGUGUGUGUGUGUGUCAGUGUAACAGGGGAUUUCAUGAUUCCUGCUUGUCUAAAUAACAUUUUUAAAAAAUGAGUGUAAAGAUAGAUUCACAUUACACAGAGUAAGUCUUGUCCAAUAUGCAGUUAUCAUCUAGCUGUGCUUUCAAGUAUAAAGCAUAGAACGAUCUUGUUUCCUGUGUCACAUGAUGGCGAAGGCUGUUUUUUUUCUUUCUCAGGCUGCAAAAGUACACGUGCAAGAAUUCUGCAGUCGUGAGAUGAAAGUGAUGGUCUUAGAAUGCAUAAUGUGACCAGUUUCGUACCACUGCAACCAAAGACAGAGACUGACAGAAAUGAUUUUGUUAGGAUCUUAAAAUGUGAGCUGUGCUACAGUGUUUAUCAAAACAACAUCGAAUUAUAUAAAGCUAACAGACAGCGACAGCUACAAUAGUCGCAAUGUAAAAAAAAAAAAAUUACUGACUUUCUUAAAUUACUUCAUAUAAAGUUACACUUCCAGGCCAUUUUACAAUAAGUGUGUUUACAUGGACCCUAAUAUUGAACUAAUAAUGUGUAAAUACCUCAAUCACAAAAGUAUUUUCCUGGGGCAAUGGUUGGCUUGCCAUUAUAUACACUAUAUCACAUACAGCAUGUAUAAAUAUACAACUAAUUACAGAUGAGAUUACAAAAUUAAUCACAGCAUUCUUGUAACCAGUCAUACCACAGAAGGUGGGAUUUAUCAGUAAAGAUUGGAAGCCUAACCUAACCUCUAAGUUGGAGGAAAGUUCUUCUUUUUCUUUUAUAUAUCUCACAAAUUACCACUCCUCAGAGGAAAGAACCACUUUGCGCAUGUCUAAAAAGUUAUACUCUAUUUUAGUAAAUGCUUAGAACGAGUAAACACUUAAGAUUCAAUUAUUUGUCUUAAAAUGUCGUCAUAAAGCUUGGGGUCAUAGCACAGGGUGAGCCAGGAUACAGCACCACUGGAGAAGAUUCCUUGCUCCAGGGCCCAACAUUGGCAAUUUUGCAGUGCUGGGGCUUGAAUCAGUAACCCAGAGCCUUAAAUGAUUGAGCCUCCGCUGCCCAAACCUUAACCCUGUCCUGAAGUCAGAAGCCUUAGCCGUUGGAAUUACUAAUCGAAAUUCCACAGCUUAGAUUGACUUCAUAUCAUUUCAUACAGUGUGACAUAUAUGAUACUGAAAUUUAAACUGGCUUAACAUGGCAUGCUUCAGCUUCUAGGACAUGGUGGACGUUGCAGACCAGAGCAUGACACGCUCUUACCAAACCUUUUGGUGCUCUUUGCGUUACUAUGACAGUAUGGAGUUAAUGAUAGAGCAGAGGUUCUGGCACCAGACCUGAAGUCCAGGCCUACUGUAGGUCUCUGCUCACAUUCAACCAAAAGAUAUUUUUAAGCUAAAUGUUGACUGUAUUCAUCUUUAAUAUAUACAAACAGCUCUGUAUAAUAAAACAAACUAUUUCUCUCUCUGUAGCCUUUAAAUAAGUCUGGUUUAUAGGCAAGCAAUGGACGCGAAACUGUGUUAUAAUCCUAAAACUUGCUUUUCAACCAGCUACUAUAGAUCGCACGCUUAUAUCACGACUUUGAUCCCAGCGCUAUCGUUAGAGCUAAGCUACUUUCUGCCAAUCUGCACCCAGAGCUAGACUCUAGUAAAGUACUAGCCUUACGAAACCUUUUUUUUAAAAGUCUUAUUUGUUACAAUGUUUACUUUAACUUUACUUCUGCUGACUGCAUGCAUGAAGGUGUCGCACCCAGACACGGCCUUAUUUAUCGAUAUUGAAAUAUUUAUUAUAUUAAAUCUUAAAUUUCUUUACUUCUACAAUAUAUUUGUAGGACUUCUUUUUUUUUUUUUUUCACUGGAUACAGCGAAGGCCAAGCUGGAGGCUAUCACCUAAAAUCUUGAGAACUUUUGGUCUAUGUGUGAUGUACAGUGUUCAGGUCAAUGGUUUGCACUUUGCCUGUGCUUUUCAACGUAUGGUAUUUUCAACCAGUGCGAGAAGCUUUAAUUCUCUCAUCAUUCUCUCAGAAAUACUGUAAGUGUCAUAUAGAGAACAGGAACCUGUUUUGUAAAUCUGAGGUUUUUGUAAUCAAUUUUUUGAAACUUGUAAAUAAGUCAUUUUUUUUCCACAUUUUUCUUUUGUCUUUUUUUUUUUCUUUGCAUGGUGAAGUUUUGAGUGAUGACUAGUAAGAUCAUUAUUGCUCAUUGAAGGGGCCAUUGUCAUUUAGUUUGACCUUUUUACAGAAAUAAAAUCUAUUUUUACAGAAAAGUUUUGUGUGUGUGUGUGUGUAAAUUAAUAAUGAUAAUUUCAGUGAAAACAGUGUAUGCAUGGAGACAAAGUAAAAAAAUCCCACAACAAAUAAUAUAUGUAUAUUUUUGUUUUAUUAAUGAAAAGUAAAAGCAGAUUCAACAAUGUCAGGUUUCAAACACUUAUAUGUCCAGAACAAAUCAAAAAUGUUAACAGCAACUAGCUUGGCUUUGUUCCUUCAUGUUCAGCAGCUCAUGUGGCCUAUAAAUUA